AUGGCGCUUUUCAAGACAAAGAAGUUGGAGAAAAGAAGGACAGAUUUGGUGUUUGACGCAGGGGAGAAGAUUUAUGCAAAAGUCUGGGCAAACUCAAAAAUCGACCUUGGAAUCCGCCUCGACAGAUGCUGGAUCACCGGCGACGACGAAACCGACCUCCUCAUCCUCUUAGAUUCUGGCUGCCCGAACCCCGAGCUCAACGGGCGAGUACAGACGAUUUCGAACGAUGACGAUGGCAGCGUGGGCUUUUCGGCGUCUGUGUUCACUUUCCUUCAGUCGAAUCGAACUUAUCUCCACUGCGAUGUCACUUUAUGCGAGAGCAGUAGCUCAGAAUGCUCCAUCUCCUGUUCAGCUGUAGCAAGAAGGAAGCGUGAAGUGUCUCUCAAGAAGGGUGAUCAACAAGUUCAAUUAAAAUUUGGCCCACUAUUAAUCAAGGAACGCCAAGAGGCGUAUAGUUGGAUCGUCUGGUCACUUCUACUCUGCGCGGCAAUCUGCGUCCUUCUUUUGAUGAUUCUAGUGGCGCAUUGUCACCUGUCGAAUUCUCAGUAUUUCGUCAAAAAGUGCAGCUCUCCUCUCACAACACUCACUAGCUGGAGAAAUAUCGACAGAGAUGCAAGAGAACAUCGCGAAACACAGUUUUCAACAAUCUACGGCCCGGAUGGAAUUGUCAAUCCCGCUGCUACGACUUGA